AUGGAGGCCAGAGAGGUUGCCGAGAGAGCUCGGAGCCUGGCGGUCAUGGUCAGGGUUCAAGGGCCCGUAAGUAGUUCGACGCCCUCUGGUGAUGCUGCUACCGCCUUCCAUGGCUCUCUUCUUCGUCUCUCGCCCUUCGCCUUCCUAGUCCCCUUUCUCCUCUUCGGGGUUUGCACUUGCACGAGAAAUUUACGCAGCUUUUAUGGUCGCUCGCCAGGACCCGAAGGGCCUGAAGAUGCGGGGGUACGCUUUCCACCUGCGCGAGUAAAUUCUAUUCAACCCUCUAUGGCUUUGAUCUUCGUAGUUCGAUAAAGAAAAUGAAUCAAAUGGAAGGCUUAUCUGUCGCCUUUUGCCAGGAACGGGAUCACAUCGCUCUCUGCAUCUGGGCUCCUUUUGCCGCCCUCCUUGGGCAACCCCCUUCCCCUCCUCUGCGGCAAGAGAGGGGGUGGCGCUCUGGUCGUGACGACUGCAUCAGCUGUGGAGCCUUUCCUUCCUGCCAAAUACAGAGACCUCGGUUUCAGCAGUCCUACUGCUUCUCAGGUUCAUGGCAGAGUUGUCAGAAUAUGGCGAUUCCUCCGAAAAUCUUGGAAUUAUGUACCAUAAUUCUCCUCUCCUCUCGUGCAGAUAGUUAUGCCUGAGUUAAUUCCAGGCGCCUCCAUUGAUGUCCUCCUAGAUGUACGACUCCUCCUUCAUGUCUCGACGUUGACUUUUUUUGUUCAGGGUGUAAGAGUUGACUCUUGAAUUUUAUCUUCUACCACCUUCUCCUUUCCAGCGAAAAGGAUUGGAGAAAAACCCGAAUGAAGCUAUAGAGUCUCCUACUUGGUAUCAAGCUCAACUUCUUGCUAUUGUAAGUACUUCUCAGCUCAGAAAGGAAGAAAUGUAGACCUAUUGAAUGGCUUAUAGGAGAAGCUCCACUGGAAACUCUAUUGAAGUCACAUGUGGAAGGAUGAUUCUAUUGAGGUGGUUUUACAUUCCGUCAUGAUAAUUGACGUCAGUGUUGGACAUCUUAGCAUUAGCAUUUUGGUCUCAUUUCUCUGCUUGAUUUUGAGGGUUCUGGCUUUUGAGUGAGAGUGAUGAUUGUGCUGUUGCUUCUUAGAUUCUUUUUCUUUUAUGGUACCCUUUUUUCUGACUUUUAUGUGUGCAAAUUUCACUCCCCAGUUUUUGAGGAUGAUGGAAGUUGAAUGAUAAUCAGUCUCUUCUUUAGGGUUUUCUUUCUGGUGAGUGGAAUGAGGAGAUCUGUCAAUUAAGUGGGUAGUCCUUAAGCCGGCCUUCUGUUGAAUGAAUAACUUGGUCUAAAUAUCAUAACUGGGAGUGGAUACAAAUAAAUUUUUAUGCUUAAGGACAUGUGCAUUUGGAAGCUAAAUGUGGCACAUGGACUUAUGAAAGUCUAAUGAUUUAUUAUUUCUCAUAGGUAGGCGUACUUAACCAAGCCUCUUGUUUGAUGUAUUGAUCUGAGUCAGAUAACUAGGAUUCUGCACCCUAAAGAAGAACGUGCCAUCACCUACUGCCCUUUCCUCUGCUGGGGACUUCCACAAAAUGAAAUGGGUGUGGCGUCAUCAUAUGGUUGACAGUAGUUGCCCUGGUGUAUAUCCCGGAGUACUCCAUGAGUAUUCUACAUUUCAGUCGGGGACAUCAUACUACCCUGCAGUCGAUUGCGGAGGAGACAAGUUGUUCUGAUUUUAAUCAACAAAAUAUGUCGCACCUGUCACUAAGACAUGCGGGAACUUUGAAUGGAUUUUUCCUUGGAGAAUGAGUUGGUGCUGGCCCUAGCCAUUGAAGACGGUGCCAUAGCCACAGAUAGGAACAUCCUUUGAAUUCACUAAAUGGAGAUUUUAGUGCAGGCCCGUGGAAAAGCCUAGCGUGAGUUUUCAUGCUUGAAGAAACAGAGAGGGAAUUUAACAAUAUGAGAAUGCCAAUGUGGAGAUAAUUUUCACCGAUUAAUAGAAGACAGCUCAUUAAUGAUAUAUUUAUGAUUUAAUAUGAGAAGUUUGCUUGAGAAAGAGAACCCUUCAGUGAAUUAAUGAGAACUUUAUGAAUCAUGAAUAACAGUGGUCCUUUAGCCUAAUUAUUCUGUCAAAUAAAAUCAUGGUUUCAUAGAAGAUAAUGUUUCGUUCGACUUUCUCAUUGGCCGGAAUGCAUCGUGAGUGGCUGUGUAUUUUUUUAGUGUAUUGAAGAAAGUUCUGUGAAGAUUAUUUCUUUUACAUGGAUUAUCUACCAGGUUGACGUUGCUGUCUCUUCUUCUGCCCUGCAAUCUCUGGUCCGAAGUAACAGUAGUUCAACUGAUAAUGGCUCCUGGGAAAUGGGGUGGAUGUUGGCUCGUCUGGAUAAUAGUUCUUCUCGGUCAGAAUUGAACUCUUUUCAAAAAGAGGUGAAUUCUUCUUCUUUUAAUAUUACUUCUUCCACGUAAAGACCUCUCUUUGCAUCGAAUGGACGUCACUUCAAUUACAGAAAAAUGCUUCUGGUUUUUAUCAACUUAGUUAUUAAAUGGAUUGCCAUCCAUAUUCGAUUUGUCUCCAUGGAGCAUUGAUAUUGCAUAAAGGGGUCCUACAUUGAUAUCUAAAUUCUCCCAUAAAUGUCUUAGGUAGUCUUUUUCCCCUCCCACAUCCUUUGAUGUUGAGGUAUUCUUGUUUUUAUUUUUGUUGGAAGAUAGUAUUUAUUUUUGAACAUUUUAUUCUUAAUCCAUCCAAUGUCGAACAUGAAAAUAAAUAAAUAAAUUUGUUGAUGACAUACUAUUUUAGUCUGGCUACUUUGUAUAGAAUUUGGAUUUCUUCCUACAAUCUUCUUGCUCUUUGUGAUGAAUAAUAAAGAGUAAAUCUUGUAUAAAGUGUUUACUGCUGGUAUUCAUUUUAGUUUAAAGCUGGAGAUCAUAUACCAAAGUUGGAAGCUCUUGGAUUAACCAAUUUGCAUCAAAUGCCCAUAUCAACCAGAGUCGCAUUCCUAAGGCUUCCAACAGUCAAUGCAAAGGUGCAGAUCUCAUGGUUUAUUGAAUUACCAAGAUUGAUAUCUGAUUGCCAGAAUGUCAUCCGCAUGACGUAAUAACAAUUUCUUGGAAAUAUAUUUUAUGACUUGCAAUCCUACACAAUCUUCAAGGAUUACAGAUUUAAAUGGCUAUCCAGGAUUUUCCGCCAGUAAAUGUGUCUCAUGAGCAGAGGAGGGGAGAUUUCCUCUUAGCGAUGGGGUCUCCUUUUGGAGUUCUCUCUCCUUCACACUUUCUAAACAGGUGAUGCAUAUCCUCUUUUAGAUUGCUAUUUGAGUCUUGGUUUGUUUAGAAUUCUUCUUGUUUGAAUUGCAUUGUUACCAUAAACAACGUGUUGAUUUGGAAUGGUAAUUUGUAUGCCUUUAUGUGAUAUUUUUGGGUUCAUAUUUCUUUCUUUACUGGAGUAGUUGCAUCAAAAUGAUGUUAUUGUGGUUCGUGCUAUCUUGGACUCUUGAUUGAACUUCUGUAGAGCCUUGUCCAUGGUUCCAUAAAAACUUUAACGCCUGAGUAAUAUUCUGUAGCGAAUUGUUCCUUUCGGAUAGAAACUGUGGCUACAUAGUUAUGUCUUAGAUUACACUGAUGUAGAAGAGCCCUGGUCAAACUUUCCCCUCCAUAGAAAAUCAAGACCACCUCACUACUCUCUCUCCUUUCUGAAUUCCAUGUCUACUGUAGAUAUAAUUCUGCGGACCAACCUUCUGAAAAGUUACACAAAUAAGGGUCAACUAUUCCUUAAUUAUAAUGUUGGUUAUGACUGCUGCUAAAUCCCAGUAUCAUGUUCGCCAACCUGAUGCCGUCUGGCCUGCCGCUCCCUGGGAUUUUGGGUUAGAAUGAUUUGUAAGCUGGGAUAAAGUUUAGUAACAAAGUUGGUUUGCUGUUAUUGGCUCUAUUAAGAAAUGUAUAGUUUUUGAACUCCAAAUGUACUAUUUAAACUUUUUCCUUUGUUCAUUGUUUACAUGGGUCGGAGCUAAGUUGGCUGAUCUGAUAUGACGCAAGUUGGAUUGGUCUGCUAUCGACCAACUUACCUCUUGAGCUUACGCUGAAUUCCUCAACUCAGAAUGGAGUGGCGAUUUGAACUCUUAAAAAAUAAUUUCAUAGUUAGACUAAACGACAGCAGAUGGCUUUCUGUGAAUGUGUUUAAUUCUUUGGUCUUCGGAUUGUAAUGUCUUCAAUAAGCAGACGUGCUUUGAUUGGAUUGAGUCGGAACCCAAAACUAUCCAAGAAGAAAAAUCUGCUUGAAAUUCCAGUAAAAGGAUCACCUUUCUUUUCUUCAAUUGAUCGAUUUCCCUACUUCCUAAACUUUGAAAGAACAUCCCAGAAAGGCAACAGUGAUAAUGAGUUUCUCCCUCACAGUCACCGGAAAGGAGUAACGGUGACAAAAUUGUGUUAUUGGAGUUACUAAACGCUCUAUAAGAUGCAAAUAUGGUGAAUAUUAAUCAUCAUUUAAUAUGCUUUGAUUUGGGUAAUGUUUACACUUUUCGGUUUCCAUCACUAGUGCUGAGAGUAAGGAUGAUUAUUAUGGUAUCCUUAGAAAACCCUCGGUUCUGAGCACGCUGUAUGCCUGUUUUCCAGUUCAGCUUGAUGGGAAAUUUAUUCAUUCGAUUACAAUACAGACCGCAAAAAGAAUGUUAAAAUAAUAUUUCUGCUUCAUCCAGUGUAUCUGUUGGAGCUGUUGCAAACGUCUGCCCCCAGAAUUCUCGUGGGUCAUUAUUGGUGGUUGAUAUCCGGUGCCUUCCUGGUAAAACUCCAUUCACCAUUCUCUUUUCUUACUCUCAAUCCAAAUGAAUCCAGUGUUUCAAACAGUACAAGUCACCUGAACUCAAUUUCAGGGAUGGAAGGCGGGCCUGUUUUGGACAGGGAGGAAAAUCUUAUAGGGAUAGUUACCAGACCUUUAAGGCAAAAGAACAGUAGUGUGGAGAUACAGGUGUUGUGGACUAUCUCGAUGAUUCUCCCUGAUUUGCUUUUAUCAUCUGACUUAAUCUAAUCCUGUCAUGAACAGAUUGUGAUCACCUGGGAUGCGAUAUGCGCCAGCUGUAGUGAUCUCGAAAGGCAUAUAACAGUGGAUGAGGGUGACCAGAAAUCACAGAAGGCGUCAGUUGACUCUUUGGAUUCCCCAUUGGAGAAAGCGGUCUCAUCCAUCGUUCUGAUUACAAUGGGUGACGAAGCUUGGGCUUCUGGCAUUUUAGUCAACAAGCAUGGCCUCAUCCUCACCAAUGCCCAUCUACUAGAGCCAUGGAGAUUCCGAAGACAUGCUCUCCUUGAUUCAGAAAAUGAAGAAUCAGUUUUUUCUGCCUUAGAGGGGGAGCCGUUCUUUCUGGAUGGAAGAAGGUCACCACAAUCACUAUUGAAAACGGCAGAGAUUGUGGAUAGUGAGCACCAAGCUACUCUUUUGGGUCCAGGUUACAAAGGCUAUAAAAGGAUACGGGUGCGGCUGAAUCAUACAGAGCCCUUGAUCUGGUCAGAUGCGCAUGUGGUUUAUGUUUCAAAAGGCCCCUUGGAUAUUGCCUUACUGCAGCUUGACCUUGUUCCUCAACGGCUACAUCUCAUUGUUCCAGACUUUGUCUGCCCAUCUGCGGGCUCUAGAGUGCAUGCCAUUGGUCAUGGGCCCUUUGGACCUCGAUCUGGUAAGGCUUCUACUGUGCUAAAAUAGAUUCUAUUUAUAAUCUUCCCGUAUAGGUUUUUGUAGAAAUCAACAUGUGAUUAUAGACACCGGGCUGUAACCACUAGGCUUUGAGUUCAAUUGCCCAAUUACUUUAAUGGUUUCAGGGGUAGUGCUUGCUCUAGAUCUGAGCUUAACCUUCUGUGUUGUUUAUGUGAUAAAACCCAAAAGUUGGUUUGAGUACUGAGAAGGCAUGUCAAAAAUUGUCCUGAAUAUUAUUAUACAAGUAAUUAAGUGGUUAUAAAGACAGGCCUACUUCUAGCCAAGUACGACAUAUUGACUUGGAUUUUCCAAUAACUCCAACAUGUACGAUACAUGUUUUCAUGUAAAUUUAUUUUUAUUAUUAUUAAUAUUUCACAUUUUCAGAAUCUUUUUAUCAUUCGCAGACAUUCGUCCGUAUGUUUCCUCUGGAGUGGUGACGAAAAUAGUGGAGUCGCAAUUGCCUUAUUCGGUCAACCAGGAGGGAGAGCACCGAAGUAAGCAUGAAUCUGUCCCAGUAAUGCUUCAGACAACAGCUGCAGUAUAUCCAGGAAUGAGCGGUGGUGCCGUAAUCAGCUUAGAUGGUCGGAUGGCUGGUCUUAUCACUAGGUAAACCUUCAGACUUCUGAACACAUAUAGUAAUAAAUGUGUCCAUGCUUGUAAGUUUCCGUUUUGUUGUAACUGUGACAGCAAUGUGAAGCAUGCUGGAGGGACUACCAUACCACACCUAAAUUUUAGCCUGCCAUGUGCCGCAUUGAAACCAGUAUUCGAAUUUGCAGGUAUUCCUAUUCAUGAGUUUCAUUCAUUAUUUCAAGAAUUAAAUAUCACCGCAUGUCUAAAAUGAAACCCUCUCUCAUCUGGUUGGAUUGGUACCCGCAGAGAAGCCUGAUAGACAUUUCUUGGAUAUCUUGGACAAACCUAAUGCACUCCUUUCUUCCAUCUGGGCAUUGGUGCCUCCGCCGCCACCUAGUUCUAGACCACAGCUUCCUCAUGCGGAUUUGAACGGCAAGGAGGGGAAAGGAUCUCGCUUUGCGAAAUUUCUUGCUGAGAGACGUGGAGAAGGUGCAAUAUCAAAUGACUUGAAGCCUCGUAUCAAGGGGAAAAUCUCUAGUAAUUCACCAUCGAGUAAGCUAUGA